CUUUGUUCAAGAUUCAUCGGUGACCUAUUCUACACGAUAAUAUCCCCCACAGAGCUUCUAUAAAGUCGACCAGCAGUUGGGAAGAUAUUAAAGUGAAAAGAAGCAAAUAUGUCGCUCAGCAUACCGAACGCGCCAAACGCUGGCCUAUUCAAGCAAGGCUACAACAACUAUGAUUCUGAAGAUGGAGCCGUCCUACGAAAUAUCGAUGCUUGUCGAGCCAUUUCCUCCACAGUUCAGACCUCCCUAGGUCCUUAUGGCCGAAAUAAGAUCAUCAUCAACCAUCUGCAAAAGAUGAUCCUCACCUCCGACGCCGCCACAAUCCUCAAAGAGCUCGACGUUGUCCACCCCGCCGCCAAGCUCUUGGUCAUGGCAAGUCAACAGCAAGAAGCUGAGAUGGGUGAUGCUACAAACCUCGUCAUCGUCUUGGCUGGUGAACUCCUGAAGAAGGCCGAAGAUCUACUACGAAUGGGACUGAAAACGGCCGAUAUAGUCACAGGUUACGAACGGGCCCAAGCGCUCGCCCUUGAAGAAUUAGAGAACCUUGUCGUGGAUAAGGUAGAUGAUCUCAGAAACCAAGAGGAACUAAGCAAGGCGAUCAAAACAGUCGUCGCCAGCAAGCAGAAUGGGAAUGAGGAUACCCUCGCCGAGCUCGUUUCUGAGGCUGUUCUUGCCGUGCUCCCCAAGAACCCUGUCAAUUUUAAUGUCGACAACAUACGAGUAGUCAAGAUUAUGGGUGGAAGUCUGGAGCAGAGCAGGGUGGUAAAGGGUAUGGUAUUUCCUAAGGAACCAAAUGGAUCCGUCAAGAAGGCGAAUAAGGCCAAGGUCGGUGUCUUCUCUUGCCCAAUCGACAUCAGCCAAACCGAGACCAAGGGCACUGUUUUAUUGCACAAUGCCAAGGAGAUGAUGGACUUCACCAAGGGAGAAGAAGAGCAGCUAGAGACCGCCAUCAAGGAGUUACACGAUGUCGGAUUGAGAGUCGUCGUUGCCGGUUCAACCGUAGGAGAGCUUGCACUACACUACCUCAACCGAUACGGCAUCCUCGUCAUCAAGAUUCUAAGCAAAUUUGAGUUGCGACGGGUGUGCCGAGUCGUUGGCGCUACCCCUCUUGCGAGAUUGGGCGCUCCCAUGCCUGACGAGAUGGGAUCCGUGGAUGUUGUUGAAACCCUCGAGAUUGGCGGAGAUCGUGUGACAGUGUUCAGGCAAGAAGACGAGGUUACAAGAACGGCCACUAUCGUCCUUAGAGGAGCCACACAAAACCAUCUCGACGAUGUUGAACGAGCAGUAGAUGAUGGUGUCAAUGUAGUGAAGGCCAUCACUCGUGACGCACGACUGGUUCCUGGCGCAGGUGCAACUGAGCUGCAACUCGUCGGAAGGAUACAAGCUAUCGCCGAAAAGACACCAGGCUUGCCGCAAUACUCUAUCCGAAAGUACGGCGAAGCUUUUGAAGUGGUGCCGCGAACCAUUGCGGAGAGCGCCGGUUUAGACGCUACUGAGGUCUUGAGCAGACUUUAUACGGCACAUAACAAAAAGGACGCCUGGGUUACAGGAGUCGACAUAGAGAACGACGAUGGCACUGGCACCUUGGAUGCCAAGAAGAAUGGCAUCUUAGACCUCAUGGUCACCAAGGCCUGGGCUAUCAAAUUAGCAACGGAAGCAGCACGGACCGUGUUGUCAGUCGACCAGAUCAUCGUGUCAAGGCAAGCGGGCGGACCAAAGCCGCCUGGACCCAACCCCAACUGGGAUGAGGAUUAAAAGUGCUCCAGUGUUGCUAAAAUGAAUGGUCACAUGCGGUCGUCGGGGGCAGGUCGGAGUUAUACGCGACUGUAGACGGUCAGCCUGUAAACUCGGGGGUACCAAUAGCAUUUACUGAUGAUUAGGUAGACCUAAAAGUAAAACUGAUGCACAGGGUAUGUUUGACGAAUUUUCAUGACUUUGCUAUCCAGUCGUUAUGUGCCAGUAUAUAAGAGAAAUCUAUGCU